AUGCAUGAAGGGAGCUCUACGCACGACCUAUGCAACACUAUCCAGAGUCUGCUCGUUUUCAGAGCAGGCUCUCCUAAGAGCAUCGAGGGUCUUGGGUGGGAGAUCCGAAUGUUUGACCCUGAACACGGUCACACCCGGCGAAGUGUAAGGCACCCUUCCAGCCUGCCGACAGAUCCCAGGCAAAGGUCAUCUAACUGUGGCUUCCACCGAUACUUCCAGCUGAGGAGGCUCUGCUUGCCCAAUACCACAAACAUCCUGCUGGUGGUGCUGCCGGUGGUGCUGCUGCUGAGUGUGCAGAUGGAAGCAGCCGGCAGCUCAUCACCACCGCCCCCUCCCCCCAUGCCGCCCGUACCCCCCUGUGGUCCGGUGACCGUCCUGUACCAUGAUGGUGUCCCUGUCAGCGCUAUUCGGACUCCCAUCCUUGCAGCGGAUACGGGCCAGGAGAUCAGGCCUGCGUAUGUUUUGCAGGUUAUGGAUACGGGAAACAAUGCAGGAUUUUACUUCAAUGGAACAGCAAACAUCGUGAUAAGCUGGGAACAACAAGAUCAGUAUACGAUGAGUUUUGGCCUGUUAUCCGAAGCCGAAUUUAAUGCAACAUACAACGGCAAUGCAGGCUGUGUUCCACCAAUCACAUCCGUGAAUCCAAUGCGCUAUUAUGGGCAAGUGGGCAAUGGAACAAUACUCACCUUCCCCAUUUUCUAUACUACACGCACCGACUACUCCAGCUUGAUUCAACUCUGUGGGCCCCCAACCACAUUCUACUCGUUGGUGGCCCUGUCCAGAUUGAACGAUGGCAGCCUCGCUUGGGCAGCAACUGACUGGGUGGCUGCCAAUAAUGCUACCAACCCCAUUUGCCCUGACACUCCCACUGCCUGGGGCUAUAUCAAGUUCGGCAUAGGCUACUGCCCCUGCCCGGCUCAGCCCCCGCCGCCAAGUCCCCCACCUCCGCCACCUAUGCCGCCUGCACCAUCCUGUGGUGUCGUAUUGACAACCAGCCAAGGUGUACCAGUGUCGGGUAUCAGGGCCCCAUUUCGUUCCAGCUGGACCGGGGAGGAGCUCAGCCCGGCAUUUAUUUCUGUUCAACCUGACCCCAGCAUCGAUUCACCAAUUGUUGCCCUUGGCCUUCCAAGCCUCGUGUUUGAAUGGCAGCCAGAUAGUACCAUCGGGCUGUACGGAAACAUUUUCACCGAGGACCAAUUUCAGAGCAUGUAUAGUGGCAGCACCGGGUGUCGUGAUAUAAGCUACGGCCCCGGAGCCAUCACCCUCCCCACCACCGCCCUCCCCACCAUCGCCCUCACCACCAUCGCCCUCACCACCAUCGCCUUCCCCACCAUCGCCCUCCCCACCACUGCCCUCCCCACCAUCACCCUCCCCACCAUCGCCCUCCCCACCAUCGCCCUCCCCACCGUCGCCUUCCCCACCAUCGCCCUCCCCACCGUCGCCCUCGCCACCAUCGCCCUCCCCACCAUCGCCCUCCCCACCAUCGCCCUCCCCACCGUCGCCCUCGCCACCAUCGCCCUCCCCACCAUCGCCCUCCCCACCAUCGCCCUCCCCACCGUCGCCCUCCCCACCAUCGCCUUUCCCACCAUCGCCCUCUCCACCACCGCCCUCCUCACCGUCGCCCUCGCCACCAUCGCCUUCCCCACCAUCGCCCUCCCCACCACCGCCCUCACCACCGUCGCCCUCACCACCAUCGCCUUUCCCACCAUCGCCCUCUCCACCACCGCCCUCCCCACCAUCGCCCUCCCCACCAUCGCCUCCCCCACCAUCGCCCUCCCCACUAUCGCCCUCCCCACCGAGCCCUCCUCCUCCCCUACCACCCAGCCCGUCAUCACCAUCUCCGCCGCCACCGCCACCACCUCGUCUGAGGCCGCAACCGCCCCUGCUCCCCCCACCACCACCUCCACCCCCCCUUUCCCCGCCCCCUUCAUCUCCGCCAUCUGUACAGCCAUCUCCACCACCACCAUCUCCACCACCACCCGCCUCACCGCCGCCUAUCUUACCCCUAAAUCCCCCAAGGCGCCCAGCCCACCAAAAGCGCCCAAGGCUCCCAGCCCACCAAAGGCGCCCAAGCCCCCCAAGGUUCCCAAGGCACCGCAGCUCUCACCCCCAACCCCAUUCGGCGGGGGCAACACCUUCCUUGUGGACAACUUCCCCUUCUUCGCGUCCUGCAGUGUCCGUGACACUAACCUGCGGACACCCUACCGAGCAUCAACGCCAACAGGGCCCCUGAACGUCACCUCCACCACCGCCACCUACUGCUUCCACCUGGUAGCCACGAAUAGCAGCGACAGCCCCUGUGCGGGAAUGAACAUUAACAGACUCGAGUUUAUCGUCAGUAAGUAA